GGUGUGGGGCUGCUGUGGAGCUGCUGUGGGGCUGCUAUGGGGCUGAGGCUCUGUGCUGGAGCAGGGAGCAGUGAGGUCGCUUGGGGACAGGGCUGCGGUGGCCGAGGCGCAGCUCCUCCCGGCUGCACUGAGACCCUGCACUCUGCUUCGCCCUGUCCCCGCUGUGAUUGCAGUCAGGAGGGAAGCAAGAAAAUAAGAGGAGGAGAUGAUUUUUGAAGGGUUUGGUGGCCGCGCUUCGCCACCUCCCAGCUGGGAUUUGGGGCGCAGGGGCUGUUCCCAAUGCAAACCCAAGCACGGAUUUUUCCGAAGUGGGAAAAUCGGAUGCGGGAAGGAGGGGCCGUGGAGAUGGAUGCACUUUCCUUGUUUUCUUUCGGGGACGGACUCGUCCAGCAGCCAAAUGGAAAAAGACAGUCAGAGCACGCAUUGCUCACUGGGCCUCGCGCCAGCAGCUGGGCUGCCCAGAACUGGGGCAAACUGGGGGGAGUUCCCUCAUACCGGGGGGAGCCCCGCCGUGCCCGCCCCAUGCCCACACCACAUGGCAGCCGGUGUGCUGGGAGAUGCUUGGCAUCUGGGUGAGGUGUGGGGUGGCCCCCACGGCUCCAUUGCACCCUGAUGGGAUUUAUGGGGAUGGGGAGUGAUGUCUGUGCCCCCCUUGGCAUUGCAGUGGCAUUGGGGUCCCUGUUCCUGUGGUGGGCAUGUGCCAUGUCCCUGCCCUCUGGGUGCUGGCUGGAUGGGGACGUGGCACAGCGUGACCCCACAAGUGGCCGUGGUGGGGUUUGGGGACGCCUGGUCUGUCCCCAGGCAUGGCCCCACAAGUGGCUGAGGGUUGGAUUGGAGACACCAGGCCUGUCCUUGUCAUAGCCCCACAGCUGGCUGAAGAUGGGUUUAAGAACACUGGGUCUGUCCUCAAAAAUGGCCAUGGGAGGGUUUGGAGACAUUAUGUUUGUCCCCACAAGUGGCUGGGGUUGGGUUUGGGACACCAGAUCUGUCCUUGGUGGGGCUCUGCAGGUGGCCAAGAGCGGGUCUGGGGACCCCAGGUCUGCCCCACUGGUGCUCUACAGGUGGCUGGGGUUAAGUGAGGGACACCAGGUCUGCCCCAGGGGGGCCCUGCAGGAUGAGUUCCACCCCUUCAUCGAGGCGCUGCUCCCCCACGUGCGGGCCUUCGCCUACACCUGGUUCAACCUGCAGGCCCGCAAGCGCAAGUACUUCAAGAAGCACGAGAAGAGGAUGACGAAGGACGAGGAGCGGGCGGUGAAGGACGAGCUGCUGAGCGAGAAGCCCGAGGUGAAGCAGAAAUGGGCCUCGCGCCUCCUGGCCAAGCUGCGCAAAGACAUCCGGCCCGAGUGCCGCGAGGACUUCGUGCUCUCCAUCACCGGCAAGAAGCCGUCCUGCUGCGUCCUCUCCAACCCCGACCAGAAGGGCAAAAUGCGCCGCAUCGACUGCCUGCGGCAGGCUGACAAGGUGUGGAGGCUCGACCUGGUCAUGGUCAUCCUGUUCAAAGGGAUCCCCCUGGAGAGCACCGACGGCGAGCGGCUGGUCAAGGCGGGCCAGUGCACCAACCCCAUCCUCUGCAUCCAGCCCCACCACAUCAGCGUCUCCGUCAAAGAGCUCGACCUCUACUUGGCCUAUUUCGUCCGUGAGAGAGAUUCCGAGCAGAGCAGCAGUCCCCGGACGGGCAUCGCCUCGGACCAGGAGGACACCAAGCCCAACACGCUGGACUCCACAGACUUCCAGGAAAGCUUCGUCACCUCGGGGGUGUUCAGUGUCACCGAGCUCAUCCAGGUGUCCCGAACGCCGGUGGUGACGGGCACGGGCCCAAAUUUCUCCCUGGGGGAGCUGCAGGGCCACCUGGCCUACGACCUGAACCCCUCCAGCACAGGCAUGAGGAGGACAUUGCCCAGCACCUCCUCCAGCGGGAGCAAACGGCACAAGUCUGGCUCCAUGGAGGAUGACAUCGACACGAGCCCCGGCGGCGAGUAUUACACCUCGUCCAACUCACCCACGAGUAGCAGCCGCAACUGGACGGAGGACAUGGAAGGGGGCAUCUCCCCCAACGUGAAGACAGAGAUGGACAAAUCGCCCUUCAACAGCCCCUCGCCGCAGGACUCCUCACCCCGCCUGAGCAGCUUCACGCAGCACCACCGUCCCGUCAUCGCGGUGCACAGCGGUAUCGCUCGCAGCCCGCACCCUUCAUCCACGCUGCAUUUCCCCACCACCUCCAUUCUCCCCCAGACGGCCUCCACCUACUUCCCACACACGGCCAUCCGGUACCCGCCUCAUCUCAACCCGCAGGACCCACUGAAAGAUCUCGUCUCGCUGGCCUGCGACCCGUCCAACCAGCAGCCUGGACCGUUAAAUGGAAGUGGUCAAGUGAAAGUGCCCAGCCACUACCUGCCCACGCAGAUGCUGGCACCGCCACCUCCCCCCGGCAUGCCCCGCUUGGCCGUCUCUCCUGACACCAAAUCAGCCACGACAACUUCGGAGGGAGGGACGACCUCACCGACGUCACCCACCUACUCUGCACCAGGCACGCCCCCUGCGAACCGUUCCUUCGUGGGAUUAGGACCAAGGGAUCCUGGGAGUAUCUAUCAGGCACAGUCCUGGUACCUGGGAUAGCGCGGCCGUGCCACCCUUCGCUCCCUUCUCCUCUGCUUUAGGCACCCUGAGAGGACCCCCCCCCGGCGCAGAGCCCCCGGCGGACAGCGUGCAUUUAUCACCACCACCACCAUCAUGACAACGACGACGACGACGACGACGACAAAGCCAAAAAAAAAAAAAAAAAAAAAA